AUGGAUAAUCGGAGUCAACAAAGUCAGGUCGAGCAGACAAAGGACACCGAUCCAAGGAACCGUGUUCAACAGAUAACCCGAAAGCUUGGAAAAACGUACAGGGAGGAUCGGCACUUUGUAAAGAACGAUGGGUGUCACAUACCACGACAUCCCAAACAAAUAUUUGUUGCGGACAUUGUUGAUGGUUUAUCAGGGAAAUCGAGGUCCA